UGAGUUUGAUUCUCUCAAAUGGGGUUUUAACUUGCAAAACAAUUUUGAGUCUUGAGGAAAGGAGCCAGAGCAAGGACCCGAACAAUGGCUAUGCCAUGGGCCACGACCUUUUGGAUGGCAAAGAUGGUGUGGUUGGCUGUGACCGGGUGGGUUUCGUCUUGCUUGACUGUUGCUGAUGAGGUUGCCGGUUCCAUCAGAACUGGAGAUAUUGGCGCUUUUCAUGUUGGCUGAUUCUACUGCCAAAUUCACCAGUCCAAAGCUCUGCUGAUUGGAGGUCAUGGAUAAAGAUGAAAGGAUGGUGGAUGCAUGACCUGGAGAUCCAAAGCUGCAUUUGAUUUUAUUUUGUGAAUGCUGUGAGUAGAUCUUUCAAUGGAUUUGUGAUAUGUUGUUUCAUAGUAAAUACAAAAUCAUAGUUGGGAUUUUCUUUGUACUGGAAAGCUAUAUUUUUCACAUUUUCAGUUUCAUAUUAAAUACAAAAAUCAUAGUUGGGAUUUUCCUUGUA